AUGACUAUUUUAAUAUACAUUAUAGUAUUUGGAAUAUACCAAUCUUUAGCAAUUGAAUUUGACACUCAUUACCAAGUAGGUGGAACCUUGGCAUAUCCAAGUGUCGAAAAUGUAGGACUCAUGUCCCUCGUUGACAUCGAGUCCUUUAAUGUAACAACUAUCUGGAAUUCAAAUGACUUCUACUUAGAAACCUCGACCGUUACAGGGGAUAGUUAUAAUAUCUCCGCACUGAUCUCCAAUUGGGGAAAUUUCCAUGUUAUUUUAUCACUUGAGAAAGAAUUUUCCAUUCAAAAUGAAUGGAUAGACAAUUUUGGUUAUUACUCAGUUCAAAAUACGAAUGAAGGUAAAUUAUCAAUUGACUUUGAAUUUUUUAAUAAUUAUAAUCUAGCCCAUUUUGUGAAUGUCGAUGUCGUUGUCUUCAACGCUGUUGGCCCUGGAACCUUGUGUUUAAGAAACUCGAAUUUGGAAACCUGGUUCUUUCUGAAUGGUGGUUGUGCCGUGCUCGAGAAUAGCAUUUUUGAGACUGAAUGGUUUUAUGCUGAAAACAUCAUCUGUUUCUCUGGAGACUAUUCCGCGUUCAGGAUUGUAAAUCGGUAUGGUAAUUACUUCAGAGUGGCCGGAUUCGGAAUGCCUCAUAGUUAUAUCAAUAUAAUAAGUUAUGGGGAAUAUCAACAUUCUUAUGAGUCGGGCAGUUUAAAUAUUACGUUUGACUCUGGUCAGAUUUUCCUGUUAGAUAUUGGUCCUGGAUAUGAUGAAAGCAAUUUCACAUUCAAUAAUACCGAGAACGAGAUAAGGAUUGGGUAUAAUUCCAAUCUAGAACCUGGAAUGGGAAACGAAUGCCCCUGCUCAUGCGAUUUUGAAGAACUACCACAGUCUGCCCCAAGAGUAGGAGAAUCCUACACUUCUUUGACACCUGUCUUGGAAGAGCUGACAGAAGCUAUAAAAAUAGGCACAUACUUUCAAUCCGGAGGAGAGUUCGAAUAUGCUGGUGUUGAGAUUAAUGGACUAUUAUCACUCAUCAAUCCCGAUUCUAUUCGUUUGAGGCAACUUUGGAACCAUAAGGAUUUUUACGUCGAGUACACUGCCGCCCUUGAUUUUAUUUAUUAUUACGUUGUAGUGGUAAUCAAUAGUGGAAAUAUUCAUUUCAUUAUGUCAACUCAAAAUGACAAUCCGAUCCUGACUGGUUAUUUGAUUAAUUAUGGUUACUUUACGGUACAGAAUACGAAAGAUAAAGAGUUAGCUUUUUUAACUACAUAUUUCUAUAAUAAUGAUACUGCGUAUUUUUUCAAUACAUUGUCUCGUUGGGAUGAGGUUUAUAAUACUGGAGUCAUUUGCUCAACGGGAAACAGCUUUGAACCUAGGGCAUACAAGGGUGAAGGUGGCUGUCUAGUGCUUGAUCAUAGUAUUUUUGACAGUCCUAGUGUUGAAGGUGAUUGCUUCUUUUGCUUUUCAGGGGAAUAUUCUGAGAUUAUUGUUGAUAGUAUAAUAGGAGAUCCUCUCCAAUUAGCUGGGUUUGGAAGUCCCAAUUCAUAUAUCCGUAUAACGCAAGUUGGAUCUUUUGAUUCUUCUUACGAAUCAAAAGUUUUAAGUAUUACUUUUGAAUCUGGGAACAUUUUCGAAUUUGAUAUUGGCGCUGGAUAUGAUAGCAGUAAAUUCGUUUUUAACAGAACCGAGGAACAGUUAAGUAUUGGAUAUAGUUCAAAUCUCGAGCCUGGUGUUGGGAACGAAUGUCCUUGCUUGUGUGACAGGAUCAUACCUCAAUCUGCUCCAAUAGAAUAUCCAAGUGCUGAAUCGUCAGAAGCAGACAAUGAUCUGGAACAAUCAACCGAAAGUGUAGACUCAUUGGAAAGCACAAAGGAUCUUCAUUGGGAAUCUUCCAUUACUGAUGGGGUUGAAUCUUCGGGGCUGUCAGAAACCAGUAUUGCAGAAUCGACGACUGCAGAGUUAGUAACCCCAGUGCCUCCUAUUGGCGUAUCAAGUGAACCAUCGGUGACGUUGUCGGACCAGACUAAUCGACAAUCUGUUGUUGAAGUAUCUAGAGUUGAUGAAUUAUCUGUCAAGACACCUGCUAGAACUUUCACACUUACUACUAACAUAGCUGAUGACUAUGUCUCUGGAGAUUCUGACCAAGGGACCGUAAUUCAGUCUACGAUUUUUGACACCUCGGCUGUUUCUGAAAGUAGUGACAGUUUAGCAGCAAUAGCGGACCCUGAUGAAGGUGGUGUCUGUAGGCUUUCUAAUGGAAUCAUCUCGGUCGUAAUUAUCACGAUUUUUGAGGUGCUUGUUUUAUAUGUCUAA